UUUCUAACAUGUAGUCAGAGUAAAUCACUUCUUCUCAGGAUAUCAGGGUGGUUUUUCUUCCCUUGGGAAAUGGAGUUAGGAAAACAUGACAGAAAAGGCUCAGGAAAGGAAGCUUUAGAAGAAAAGCAAAUGGUCACUUCUCAAGAAUCUGGAACCAAACCACUGACCUUCACAUUUGUACCGUCCAUUGGAAGACUUCCAACUCAUGUUGAGGUUGUAGAUAUCUCUAAGUUCCUUGUGACAAUUCCAGAGGAACCAAAGAAUCUGAGCAAUCAAGAAAUUAUAAAUAAGUCUAACACAAUCUCUGAUGAGCUGGCCUUAAAAAGCGGGGCCGAACAAGACUGCGUGUCCAUCGUCGGCACAGACAGCAUUCAAACGCCCUCCCAGUCCCCGGGGUGUAAGUCAAGCAAAGGAGAAAUGCAGGAGAAUGAUCUUUUUAAGGCUGAGUUUAUCCUGAUUACGGACUCAGGUGAUGAAGAUGAAGUAGCUGCUGCCUCAAACAACAUCCAGCGGCCUUCCAAUGGUUAUGGCCCCAUCAGCGCUCAGCUGCUGGACACGUCCCACAUUUCCCCUGGCACUGGGGCAGGGAAACCUCCUGGCGACGGGCACAUUCCAGGUGCUGUGCUUUCCCACAGCACUGCUGAUCCACAAAAACAUCAGUUAAUUUCUACUCUUUCCACCUCUGAUGAUCUUUCCUCUAAACCACCUGCUGUCCACUUUAUUUCUCCAGUUAAUCAGAGAGUAGUGUGUGGUGCCAUGGUUAACCUGAAUCAAGCCUCUUCGUUGGAAGAUUCCCGUAACAACAGGCAGUCAGCAACUGGGUUUUCUAAGCACUAUUCAUCUCUCUACUUUCAGUCUGCUCCCCAUAGUUCACCACCCUCCAUGCCUAAAAUAUCCUCUUCUGCAUCAAAUAGUUGUUACGCCACUUCUCAAUCAUGUGAUAACCUACGAACAAGCCUGGUCACCCCUGGCUGUGUUUGCAAAACAGGAGACUUUACCACAUUCAGUGUUCCAGCAAAGAGCCACAGCCAUUCCCCCAGUCCUUCUCAUUCAGCUGAAGUACAAGGAUCAUCAACUCAGCCUUUAUCCCCCAGUUCUUCCAAAAGAUUGAAUGCUUUCUGUCCCAUCCCUGUACAUAUAAUUACACAUUCAUUAUCUCCUAGUCCAAAACCUUUGUCUCCACCCUCUCUUUAUGGCUCCUCUUCAACCAUAUGUAGUCUAAAUGAGUCUUGCACAGAAAUGUCAUCUAGAGGAAAUUUAGCAAAGUCAGGAGUCAAAUCCCCUCUGCCAACCAGACUGACCCUCUUAACAGCUAUUUUGAGAUCAGGCUCUUCUAAGCAGAGACCACUUUCCCCCGCUUCUUGUCCCACCUUUUCUCGUAGCUUCCUUGGCUCCUCAACAUUUUCAAUAGAUCAAAAAUCCAAAACAACUCCCCCAACCCCAAAGAAAUCUGUUUCAAGCCCUCCCAGAAGGCCAGGUUCUCCCAGCCGAGAAGAAUACUGGCUUUCAGGAUGGGCUCAACAUCUGCCUUUACCCCCCAAGCCCCAUCCCACCCCUAGGGUGAGGUCCCUUUCUCCUAAGAAUCACCUUCCCAUUGGAAUGCUUUCUCCAGACUCCCAAAGCCCUCUGUCAUCCCCUGUCUCCUCUCACAGAAACUCAGCUGCUUCUCCAGGUUUGCAGUCUACAUUGCCUCCUCCUUGUGCCUCAGCACGCUCUUCCCUUGCCCACCCCACCUCUCCUUCUCCAGAAGGGCUGCAGUCUUCUGCCUCCAAGUCCUGGGCACCUCAGAAGUCUCAGAGGGUGCACACGUACUCACCCAUCUUUACCUGCCGCUCAUACCCCUUGCUUUCCUCUGAUAGUGUUAGUAGCAUAAUAAUACCCUCCCACCUAGAAAAAUAUGCACCUCCUUCCCCAGGUCUUUUGCAUUCAGCUUCUAGAUCUAAAUCAUAUUCAUCCCAAAUGUCUGUUGAGGAGAUGAGUGCCUCCUCUCCUAUCCCUUCAAGCCUCUCAAAGCAGUGGUGUCUCUCAAGGCCUCAUUCUACUCCGCCAGUUCCACAAACUGGUAAUAUUAAUUCCCAUCCACUGCAAUUUAAUUCUUCCUUGGUGCACGCAAAUUACACAUCUAAUUCCUCCUCUCCAAGACCUGAGCAAUCUGCCACCUCACCACCGUUACAGUGCAGGUCUCCUGUCUCAGACAAGUCACCAGGCACACUGCCAUCAAGACCCAGAGAGCUGACUUCACCACAAUCUUUUUUCCUGCCUCCUGACCAUGAAAACAUCAAACCCAAGCAGUCCAAGAUCAAGACAAACUACAAGGCAUUUGCAGCAAUCCCUACAAACACAUUACUUAUGGAACAGAAGGCAUUAGAAGAGCCAACCAAGACUGCUAGUGUGACUGAAGGCACUGCUUUGGACACCCAUUCUGAGAUGUGCUCCCCUGCCCAGCUCAGACAACAAACAGAGGAGCUGUGUGCUGUCAUUGACCAAGUCCUGCAGGACCCACUGACUAUGCGCCGAUGUGAAUCUUCUCCAAGUUUCCUGCAGAUGAACACAGAGUCAGACAUAGGCAAGGUGUCAACAACAGCACAGAAAGCAGCUGGGCGUGAAACCAGAUAUGCCAGCCUUUACAAAUCGGCACCAAUGAUGACAGAGAGUCAGCUGACCAAACCUGGUGUCAUUCGUCCGGUGCUGGUGAAAGCAAAGAGUGCACAGCAAAUGGAGGAGUCCUAUCAAUCCAAUCCUUUUAAAAAGUACCUUGAAGAAAUCAAUGAUCAAGAUACUGAGAAGGAGACUCCCCUCCUACACUCUCUGUAUUCAACUAAACUGAUCCCUCCAACUAAGUCCCCUUUGCGCCCUCCAUCUGUCUCCCUCACUCGCUGUCUAAACCCUGGACCUUUCAGCCACUUGUCUUCCAGCAUGUGUGAUGUUCAUGAGAAUCCUUAUAGCCCUUACAGUCACAACUCUUUGUACAAUAAGCCCAGUCAUCCCAUAGUGCCUAUUCCAGAAAAUGAAGCACUCAGCUCUAAGGAGGUUGCCAAUGAAAGAGGUUCUGUUUAGCUAUGAUGCUCCAAACUAGGAUCAAGAGCUAAAACUGUAGAGUUUUCUGAGGCCUGUUUCUAUACUGAGAAGGAAUCCACUGCACAAAUGUUAUUUAAAGCACCACUGAAAAAAUUAAAUUGCUUCCAUUAUGCUAAUUGCAAAGCAGUAAUAACAAUCAAAUAUUCUUUCAAGAAGUAAUCUUAUGUAUUAGCAUAAUUAACCACAGAGAUGCACACACGAAUGUGCCAUAAUGAAAUAUCAUUUCAUUAAGUGCUUGCUGGUUUAAAAGAUGCCAAAUAUAACACAGCAUAUUUUCUUUAGAAAUAAUAUAAAUGUUGAAAUUAAAUAAAGCUGUAUUUUUGUUGCAA